AUGAGUGGUUCGGUUGGGGCGAGUGUACUUAAAAUCACAAAAGAACAGCAGAAGCAGGAUAAAUUCAAGCAAAUAAACACAGAAGCUAAGAUAUUUUCUACUGCUUUGAUCGACAAAGAACAUGAAAGUUCGGAAAGCAACAAGACACGGAAGAAAAGUCAGGAAGCAUCAGAAGGUGGCUCUUCUGAUUCAAAAAAGAAUAGACAGAAAAGCACAGAAAGCAUAAAUAAUUGCAUAAAUGACCAACAGGAUAUCAACGACAUUCAAAUUAAGUCUAGAAACAAUGAGGGAAAUACAAGUUUAAAUAUAUCUAUAGAGGAAUAUCUGAAUACAUAUCAAGAUUUUAAUUCAAAAAAAUCAAGAAAAAAAGUUAGAAAUAGUAUUCAUAUAAUGAGACAAUUUGGGUAUCCGGUAAUACUUGUAAAACCAGGAAAGUUUGCGAUGAAAUACGCUUCUUCAGCACCUUAUCAUUUAUUCUUUACGAGAAUCGAAAAUUCCAAAGAGACUCAUAAUCAACAGUUCUCUAUAACAUUCUCUGAGAUUCUCGAUCGCAGUCUUGGAGAAAUUGUUAAUAGUCUUCAUUUAAAUUUUAUGAUAGAUGUCACAUGGUUGUGUUUGCAAUAUCUGUUAGCUGGUCAACGUAUUGAUAUGACAAUUUUGUACGGCGAAAGAUUAGAUCAUGAAAAAUUGAGUAACAACAUUACCAUGAUAGAAAUAGACAUGCCGACCAAGUUUGGUUGUCAUCAUACGAAGAUCAUGAUCCUGCAAUAUAAAGAUGAUGGAAUUAGGGUGAUCGUCUCCACUGCUAAUUUGUAUUUUGAGGACUGGGAAAAUAGGACACAAGGAUUGUGGAUAUCGCCUUAUCUACCCCGUUUGCCAGAAUCUGCAAAUCCUAGAGAUGGAGAAUCUCCAACGGGUUUUAAGAAGGAUCUCGAGCGAUAUCUGAGUAAAUAUAAACAAUCAGCUUUGACUCAGUGGAUAUAUGCAGUGCGGAGAGCGGAUUUUUCAGACGUGAAUGUGUUUCUCCUUGCUUCUGUUCCUGGAAUUCACAAAGCUGUCGAAGCCGAUUUUUGAUACAAGAAAUUGGCGUACAUCCUAUCACGCUAUGUUACAUUGCCGCCAGAUGAACAGUGGCCUAUAGUUGCACAGAGUUCUGCUGUAGGCUGCUUUGGUUCAACUAUCGAAAAUUGGUUAUUGAAAUACAUAAUUCGAUGUAUGUCGAAGGAAAUUUCUAUGGGUUUAAAGAAUCAUCCGCAGUUCCAAUUUAUUUAUCCAUCAAUAGAAAAUUAUAAGUAAAGUUUUGAUUGUCAAAAGUUAAUUGCCCCUUUACCUUACAGUGCAAAAAUACAUUCUAAGCAACAGUGGCUAGAAUCAUAUUUAUAUCAAUGGAAAGCUAAGCGAACAGGACGAGAUCGUGCUGUGCCUCAUAUUAAAUCCUACACAAGAAUUUCACCAGAUUCAAAAAAUAUUCCAUGGUUUGUGCUCACCAGUGCAAAUCUGAGUAAAUCCGCAUGGGGAAAUGGACGACUACAUUAUUAUAUAGGAAACUAUGAGGCUGGCGUCAUAUUUAUACCAAAAUUUAUCACUGGAACAACAACAUUUCCUAUUGGGGACGGAGAUGAUUCAGUCGUUCCGAUAUUUCCGAUUCCAUAUGAUCUUCCAUUAUGCCGAUAUGAAUCGAGUGACCGUCCUUUCGUCUGCGAAUUUCUUAACUCUCUGGCAGAUAAUUUUUCAAUUGAUAAUGGAAAUAAAUAA